AGCACCUCGGACCGUUCCCGCAGCUCUGGCAGCACCAUGGGGAGGAAGGUGAUACUGGCCACCUGCGCCCUAAACCAGUGGGCUCUGGACUUCGACGGGAACCUGCGCAGGAUUCUGAAAAGUGUGGAGGUGGCCCGGUCCAGAGGAGCCAGGUACCGCCUGGGCCCGGAGCUGGACGUAUGCGGGUACGGGUGUGCGGAUCACUUCUACGAGUCCGACACGCUGCUCCACUGUUUCCAGGUGCUGAAGGAGCUCCUGGAGUCACCUGUUACCCAGGACAUCAUCUGCGAUGUGGGAAUGCCUGUCAUGCACCACAAUGUCCGUUACAACUGCAGGGUUAUAUUCCUGAACAAGAAAAUAUUACUUAUUCGUCCUAAAAUGUUACUGGCAAAUCAUGGGAAUAACAGAGAACUUCGCUGGUUUUCACCGUGGAAUAAGCCCAGGUAUGUGGAGGAAUAUUUUCUGCCCAGAAUGAUACAAGACGUGACCAGACAGGAAACAGUGCCGUUUGGUGAUGGAGUCCUUUCUACUAACGAUACAUGUAUUGGCAGUGAAAUCUGUGCGGAGUUGUGGAAUCCCCGAAGUCCUCAUGUUGAUAUGGGCUUGGAUGGUGUGGAGAUCAUCACCAAUUCCUCUGCUAGCUACCACGAGCUAUCCAAAGCUUCCCGAAGAGUCAGCCUGAUCAGAUCAGCUACCAGCAAGAGUGGAGGUAUCUACAUGUUUGCUAAUCAGAGGGGUUGUGACGGCGACCGCCUGUACUAUGAUGGCUGUGCCAUGAUUGCAGUCAAUGGGGACAUUGUUGCCCAGGGAGCACAAUUCUCUCUGGAGGAUGUGGAAGUGCUGACAGCGUCCCUGGACCUAGAGGAUGUUCGCAGCUACAGAGGAGAAAAGUGUCAUCCAUACUUGCAGCCUGAAUACAGACCCUGUCACAGAGUGAAGGUGGAUUUUUCCCUGUCUGAGAGCCAGGAUGUCUACUUCCCUUCCCACGAGCCCAUUGAGUGGCGCUUUCACUUAGCUGAAGAGGAGAUCAGUCUUGGUCCUGCUUGCUGGCUGUGGGACUAUCUUAGAAGAAGUGGUCAGGCUGGCUUCCUGCUACCACUUAGCGGCGGUGUAGAUAGCUCUUCCACAGCCUGCAUUGUCUACUCCAUGUGUCACCAAAUCUGCCAAGCUGUGAAAAAUGGGAGUGCUCAGGUGCUGGAGGAUGUGCGCCAUGUGGUGGGCAACGCUGCCUAUACCCCAAAGGAGCCCCGGGAGCUGUGCGGGCGCCUCUUCACCACCUGCUACAUGGCCAGUGAAAACUCCUCCCAGGACACAUGCAAUCGGGCGAAGGAUCUGGCAGCCCAGAUUGGCAGUACACACAUCAACUUGAACAUUGACAUGGCAGUGAAGGCCAUCCUGGGAAUCUUCUCCCUAGUCACAGGGAAGCUGCCACAGUUCCGUGCCAAUGGUGGGAGUACCAGGGAGAACAUAGCCCUACAGAAUGUACAGGCUCGUGUCAGGAUGAUCUUGGCUUACCUUUUUGCCCAACUCAGUCUGUGGGCACAAGGAAGACCGGGUGGACUGCUGGUUCUGGGUUCAGCCAACGUUGACGAAAGCCUGACGGGGUACUUCACCAAAUACGACUGCUCCAGUGCCGACAUCAACCCCAUCGGUGGCAUCAGCAAGACGGACCUCAAGCGCUUCCUGCAGUACUGUGCUGACAAGUUCAAACUCUCAGCACUACACAGCAUACUUGCUGCACCUCCCUCCGCAGAGCUAGAACCGCUGCGUCACGGCCAUGUCUCACAGACAGAUGAGUCGGACAUGGGGAUGACCUACACCGAGCUGUCUUUGAUCGGUCGACUGAGAAAGAUCUCCAAGUGUGGCCCCUACAGUAUGUUCUGUAAACUGAUCCACAUGUGGAGGGAAACAUGCUCCCCCUCUCAGGUUGCUGUGAAGGUGAAGCACUUUUUCAGGAUGUACUCGGCGAACAGGCACAAGAUGACGACGGUCACGCCGGCGUACCAUGCUGAGAACUACAGCCCUGAUGACAACCGCUUUGACCUGAGACCCUUCCUCUACAACACACUGUGGAACAGACAGUUCAGAUGCAUUGAUGAGCAGGUUUCCCAGAUGGAGCCCAAGAAGAAUCACUUUCAAAACCUGAACAACUGAAUGAUGCUACCGAAUACUACUUGUGUCAAACCAAAGAGCCACAUGUACAGAUUCCUACUCAAAAUACAUUUUGGUUUGUUCAUUUUGAAAUUGUAUCCUUUUCCAUGAUUGCUUUUAUAAACCAAUACUCCAUCACUGCAUGUUCAAGCUUCAGUUGUAGCCCAGGUUUCACCUGGCCCUGCUCUGAACUAUGCUUACCAUUCCAGUGACUAGCCACAUAAAAUCCUUAAGAUAAGUGUUCAUAUUGCUGUGGUGAAAGCAUUAGCCUUGGGUGUGUAACACAUGCACAUAUCAAAGGAAGUAAGUUGCCCCAGGGCCAGGUUACAUCAGGGUUAAGGUGUUGCUCAUUGAGAAGCCUUGCUUACACCCUAAAGCACUCAGAAUAAUAAUAAGCUAUCUGCAUAGCAUACAGAUGGUUUUUUCAUUCUUUGAAACAUUGGAGACAUCAGGAAUGAAAUUCCAGUUUUUACAGCUUUUACCUGAUUAUAACAUCUAAAUUUCCCACAGGGCUACAAUUCCAGGUUAAGAUUAAUUCUGAAAAGGACUUAACUAGUAAAUCCUUAUCCUCUCUUCUCGCUGUCCUCUUUUGAAUUAGACAAAACUCAGGUGCUUCUAACAGAACCAGAACACAAGACUUCCCCACAGUCUGUUGGAUGAUGCAUUUUUCGCUACUGUAUAAAUGGCAUUGGUUUUUUACAUUUACUUGACGCUUUUCUUCAAAGCAACUUAAUG